AGGGCACCAAAGAAGAGGACAGAGCAAAGAUGAGCAAGUAUGCCAGCAAGGUUCCCCUCCUCGCCCCUUACAAGAUGGGAACGUUCGAUCUCUCCCACAGGGUAAUACUUGCACCACUGACAAGGACGCGAUCCUUCGCUAAUGUUCCCCGGCCUCAUGCCAUACUGUAUUAUCAACAGAGAACAACAAAAGGAGGCCUUUUGAUUGCUGAGGCCACUGGAGUCUCGGACACUGCUCAGGGGUACAAAGAUACUCCUGGCAUUUGGACAAAGGAGCAGGUGGAAGCGUGGAAACCAAUCGUAGAUGGAGUUCAUGCGAAGGGAGGGAUAUUUUUCUGUCAGAUUUGGCAUGUUGGAAGAGUCUCCAAUAAUACCUAUCAACCUAAUGGACAAGCUCCAAUCUCAAGCACCAAUAAAUCUCUAAAGCCUAUGGUGAUAGGCGAGCAUACAGUGGCUACUUUCUCAACUCCUAGGUCAAUAGAGACUGAUGAGAUCCCUUUGGUCAUCAAUGAUUUCAGGGUAGCUGCUAGAAAUGCAAUUGAAGCUGGAUUUGAUGGUGUUGAGAUCCAUGGGGCUCAUGGUUAUUUGAUUGAUCAGUUCUUCAAGGACCAAGUCAACGACCGGACUGACAAAUACGGCGGCAGCUUAGAGAAUCGUUGCCGGUUUGCACUAGAAGUAGUCCAAGCCGUGGCCGAUGAAAUCGGCGCUGAUAAGGUUGGGAUGAGGCUCUCGCCCUUCGCAAACUACUCAGAAUCAUCAGACUCUAACCCAGAAGCUCUGGGCCUGUACAUGGCACACGCGCUGAACAAAUCUGGGAUCCUGUACUGCCACGUUGUGGAGCCACGGAUGGUAACGUUCGGGGACAAGGCUAAAACUCCCCACAGCCUUCGUCCCAUGAGGGAUGCUUUCAAGGGAACGUUUAUAGUAGCCGGUGGCUAUGGCAGGGAGGAUGGGAACACAGCAGUCUCCAGUGGCUAUGCCGAUCUAGUUGCGUACGGGCGCUUGUUCUUGUCUAAUCCUGACCUGCCUCGGAGGUUUGAGAUCGAUGCUCCUCUGAACAAGUACAAUAGAGAUACUUUCUACAUCUCUGAUCCAGUUGUCGGAUACACUGACUACCCAUUUCUUCCGUCCGAUAUCUAA